UGCAUUUAAUACAGUGUUGGACGAUAUAACACACUUAUUUUUCUGAAUAAAUAUCUUAUCUUGAUUAACUGCGCCGUCUAUCCCGAUUAUCCAUCUUCGAAACUUCCGGUUGCAGGAGUCUCCAAGUAAGAAUGGACCACCCAGAUGAGCAAGAAGUUGAGUCAGAUGAAAAUACCAAUCAGAAUUUAGAAGAGACGGGCAAUUUGGUUGAGGAUGUUACAGAUAUUUCAGUGGCCACUGAUGAACUGAAGUGUGGCAGGUGCCUCAAGGUUUUCAGGGACAUCCUGACUUUCCUGGAACAUAAGUCAGAUUAUCUAUCUUCUAGCAGCCGUUACCAUUGUGAACUGUGUACACAGAAGUUCACACGCCAUUUCACACUGGUUCAGCAUUACAAGAAACAGCACAAGAUCAGCAGGUUCUACCACAGAGGGGAGGGAACCAAGAAGGCUGCUAACAAAGAGGCCACCAGGAAUGAAGGUAACAACAGGACAGAACUAAAACAAGCUGGACAUGAAUUUGAUAUGGUUCCAAAUGCAGACAGUGAUAACACAGAAACGGGUGGUAAUGCAGGUCAGGACAACACUAACAUAGGUGGCAGCACAGACCAAGACAAGAUUGUCACAGAAGGUGGGCAGGAGGGAGAGGAAAAUUCCAAGACAAUACAUGUUCAAAUAGUUGUCCAAGAUUCCUGUGAAACAGAACAUGAUUCUGCACCAGCAGAAGGUUCCCAGGUGGAAAAUCAGGAUAUGGACACUGAUACUGAUUGUGACUUCAACUUUAUUCUGUCUUAUCAGAAAUUGAAAGGAUAUACUGAUGAAUAUUCUAAGAUGUUCCUGAAGUGCCUCCACUGCCAGUAUAAAACUGUAUCAAAGAGUGCAUUAGUGAAGCAUUUUAUGGGCAACCACAGAGAGGCAUUAGAGAUCAACCAGAAAGUGGACAGAGACAUUCUAGAUGGAACAGAUAGGGAAAAGAUUAUCAGUCUUAGGGUGUUUAAUGAGAGUUACGACUCCCUUACCAAAACAGUGAAAUCAAAGAGACGAAAUAGAAACAUAGAGAAGCAGGACUUACCGGGUAUCUUUCCUUGCGAUCAGUGCGAGAAGGUGUUUGGGCGCUUGCGGUAUCUCAGGAAUCACUUGAAGACUCAUAGAACUGAGCGCUCCUUUGUCUGUGAUCAAUGUGGCAAGGGGUUCACCACUCUCACUUAUCUCAAUACACAUAAACGUGUCCACAGGGAGAGAAUAUUCAAGUGCAAUCAGUGUGAUUUUACGUCCAAAGUGAAUGCAGCAAUCCAUGCCCACAGACAGUUCCACAGUCAAGGCAGUGUGCUGUGUGAUAUAUGCGGGUAUGCUUACACGGACAAACCAACAUUGGCUAAACACAAGAGGGUGCACGAUCUAAACCGACCGUUUGCAUGUACAUUCCCAGGAUGCACUUGGAGAUUCAACACGGAUGUAAUGUGCAAAGCACACAUCCGUGCCCACACAAGCGAUGGAAAAUUCCGCUGCCGUUUUUGUGGCUAUGUCUUCCGCCAUAAACACCACCUCCAGCGUCACGAAAGCCGCAUGCAUGGCGUAAACCAUGACUCACAGAAACAGCACCAGAGAAGUCAGGACAUUAUGGCCGUGACAGAGGUCAUCGAUACCCAGGAAGAGGUCACCUCAUCUCAACCUAUGAAUCUCAUCAUCAACACCGACGGAGAUCAUUUACCACUGCAAACUCAACAGUUUGUGGUGACUGCUGACUCCCAGGGUGCCCCCAUCACCUAUGUUGGGUCUGACUCUCAGGGUGCGGCGAUAACGUACGAGGCAGCAGAUUUGUACCAGGCUUUGUUACAGAGCACAACUGAGACACACAGCGGAGAACACACCAAGACAAUUUUUGUGCCGUCCUCGGAGGGAGUAACCAGGACAAUACUAGUGCCACAGUCUGAGGGAAAUCAGAUAGUUUUUCAGCAAGAAUGAGAUUUCAUUUGUUGAAUGGACAAAGAUCUUACAUUUUUAUAACAGCAUUAUUAUUUAUCUUGGCAAUUUGUAGAAUGUUUUUAUGUACUCAUUGAAGUACUCACAGAAACUAACAUCAUUAUAUUUCAAAAGACAAUUAAGCAAACCAACUUCGACUGGUUUGGGUUUUGAUGACAUCAUCAGACAAAAUAAUUUUACCAGUGAUAUAGCAGUAAGUAGUGUGUUAAGUUCACUUUUGGCCUUUCUCCACAUUUGAGGUUUGCUGAAUUUAAACCUGAUGAAAUGAACUUCAAUGUAAUAAGAAAGCUUAUAAGAUAAAGGUAUUAAAUGAUGUCACAGCUGUCA